AUGGAUUCAUUGAUUAAGAACGAUGGUCACAUAUCAAACACAGUUAAUAAUAUGGGCCCGUACCGCGCAUUAAGGGGUCGGGUGAAUGGUUUAGGAUAUUCCUCGAAUGAACGACUGAUGCCAUACUUGGAGUUAGCUGAAUUCGGGUCAAUAGCACUGGUCCGAACGUUUGAUUUGUGGUACGAUUUAAUAUCCACAUUAGUCAACCGUUGGCGCUCGGAGACCCACACUUUUCAUUUGCCGUGUAGGGAGUGCACUGUCACUCUAGAGGAUGUUGCAUUGCAACUUGAGCUCCCAAUCAACGGAAGUGCCGUAACGGGCAUAAGUGCGAUAGCUGAGCCGGUUGCCCUUUGUUAUAGCCUACUAAAAGUCUCUCACGCUGAUGCUGAGUCCAAUUUUACGAGUUUGAAAUUUUCAUGGCUGAAAGCUAAUUUUGAACAUUUAUCAAUUAAUGCCACUGAGCAUGAGAAUGUUCGCUCGUAUAGUUGGGUUUCCACAGUUCUGGCUAUGUUGUAUUGUGAGCUUUUUCGGACGACAAAGCCUGAUUCCGUAGACAUAGGCGGAUGCCUUCUAUUGCUGCAAUCAUGGGCUCUUUAUCAGAUGUCAUUCUUGGCAUCUGUUAGGCACCAACCAUACAUAUUUCCACUAGUGAACAGAUGGAGUUUUUAUCUGGAUAUCGGGAGGUCGUACACUGUCUCGAUAUAUCGUCUGAUGAUUGUCAACAGCCGGGGAAGGGUUAAGUUAUUCCAAUAUUCGUGA